UCUGAUGGCACGAAAAUACAUAAAUUUUGAUUAAUAGAAUAUCAGUGACAUUGAGGUAUUAAAAAGACGAAAGGUGACGAACAAAGUGACCAAAGCUCGUCUCCUGAAAAGUGGUGAGAAUUUCCCCCUUAGGCCAUGGAAUUAAUAGGCUACGGAUCGGAAUGCACAUUGGAGCUCUUAAUUGUGAUCGGUCACAACACACAACAAUUGAAAUUACAACCUGCAACGCCCUGUAGCUUAUCAGUCAUUGGACCAUCUUUUAACCUUGUUGAACAGUGAGAGACAUGGCUAUGGAAUCGCUCCUUGUCGUUGUUUUGACACUGCUUGCAGUGUUCCUGUACGUCCAAAACGUCAGGUGGAAGAGGAGAUACCCACCAGGGCCUCGUGCCUGGCCGAUCGUCGGUAACCUGCGCGAUCUCGCCCCGGGACAACAUCGAGUUUUCGCUGAAUGGCGACUGAAAUAUGGCGACGUCUUCACUGUGUGGCUCGGCCCUCGGCCCGCAGUCGUGCUGAACGGACAGGACGCUGUGAAAGAGGCUCUGCAGAAACAUGGCGACAUCUUUUCGUCUCGUCCAGACCUGUUUCUGUGGGGAAAAAUCAUACCGACCAGAGGAAAGGGCAUUACAGCGGCUCCCUACGGUCCAGAGUGGAAGGAGACCCGAAAGGUGGCUCUGACUUGGCUCAACGCCUUCGGGGCAGGGAAGCAGAGUCUGGAGCCGACCAUCGUGCAGGAGGCGCAGGAUCUGGUCCAAGUUUUCAAGGAUAAACAGGGCCAGCCAUUCGACCCAACAGUACCUCUAAGCCUCGCGGCUUCCAAUGUGAUCAGUUCCGUGGUGUUCGGCAGGAGGUUCAACCACGAUGACGAGCGUUUCUCUCGACUGAUUAAGCUGCAAAACCGGUACUUCCGUGCGAAUGCGUCCGCUCAGGCGUUGAACGUUUACCCAAUCCUGCGGCACAUCCCGUCUAUCAGGCGGAAGUUGGAGGAGGUGGUGACGUGCAGCGAGGAGAUCCGCAGCUUCGUCAUCGAAGUCAUCCAGGAGCACAGGGAGACCUUUGACCCGAACAACAUCAGGGACGUCAUCGAUGGUUUCCUGCUGGAGGAGCAUCAAGGGAACAGGAUUUUGUCUGAAUUGCCAGAGGACAACAUCAUCAAUGUCAUCAGAAAUCUCUUCGUGGCAGGAUCUGACACCACCGCCACCACUCUCUCCUGGGCUCUGCUUUACCUGGUUAUGAACCAGGAAGUACAGCGUAAAGUACAUGUUGAGAUCGAUGUGUCACUUGGGAAACAGACCCCGUCUAUGCUGCUGCGAGACUACCUUCCCUACACGGAGGCGACCAUACGUGAGGCCCAGCGGAUUCGUUCCAUCGCACCCUCUUCUGUCCCUCAUGAAACCACAGCCCCUGCUACCAUUUUGGGACAUCAGAUACCAGCCGGCACCUUCAUACUGCCCAACCUGUGGUCUCUCCACAUGGACCCGAAGUUCUGGCCCGAUCCGGAGAGGUUCGACCCGACCCGAUUUCUGGACGCCGACGGGCAGCUGGCACCGAGGACAGAGUCAUUUUUACCGUUUAGCGUAGGUCCCCGCCGGUGUCUCGGAGAACAGCUGGCCAAGUUCGAGUUGUUCCUGUUCUUCACUUCCCUGCUGCAGCAAUUCACCUUCAAACUGCCAGAGGGCGCUCCGACGCCAGACACAGAGGGUAUUUUCGGGCUCGUGUUUUCUCCGAAGCCAUUCAAAAUCUGUGCGUUUCCGCGGUACUAAAUACUCCUUAAGCUUGAAUUUCAUCAUCACACAACAUGCUUGUGCCAGACGCCGGAAAGACCUAAAACGUAUUCAAAGACGUUAUCAUCGUAGAUAUCUAAACGUCUGCCAAGUCGUUUUAAUGGCCUAUGGUUGUUGAUUCAUUGCAUGAUUGAUCUGCGAAGAGGAUAAUAAUUGUUUUCUGUAAGUACGCCUUGGCCAAAGAAGUAGAUAUAUUUUUAAGUUUAAUUGAUGAUGUUAGUGGGAUUCAGAUCCAGUAAUUUUGUACCAUUCAGCAUAGCAGAAAAA